GUGCGCAGCACAAACACAGCCGGUCGACGAGGAAGCACAUCAGCAACAGCGGCAUCUUCCUGAUCCUCACCCACCCUCCCCUCCCCACCUCACUCCGUGGUUUAUUACGCAUCCCGAUCUGCGUGUGCGCCUCCGACCCGACUGACUAACAGAGACUUCACUGGCGGGGCUUAAGUGUCCAGAAAGCCUCCAAAACCAGCAUCACCUCCCACCACUCACUGACUUUCCUCUGGAGCUCGGGUUAUUCUUAGCUCAGGCUGCGCGCGAGACGCAGAGAGAGAGAGACGGUCCUUCCGGUCCUUCUCUUAUUUAUCCCAGUUUCUUCAAUACUUAAUGGAAAAAUGGCGAUCUGCGCGCAUUCGUUCGGUGUUUUCUGCCUCUUCACCAUCCAAACUGUACUUAUCAUAUGCAUCUCCACGCCGACAGCCGGGACCCACCUCUUCCCCCAGCACUACACAAUGAUUCACUGGGCCGGACGCAUCGAGAAGGAGCUGGAAAAGGUCCUUCAGCACGUUACGGGAACUCAGCAGAUGAGAUCGAUUUAUAAUGAGAAGAAGAGCCAGUUUGAAAUCAAGAGAAACAACCCCAAGGACUUGGUAGAGAGAGUGGCGAGGGACAUCUCCAAGCUGCUAAGCAGCAAGAGGAAAGCCCUGGAGAAAUUGGCCAGAGAAGCUGAACAACUUCAGAAGGAGCACGUAUGGCAAGAUGGCGUGACGGAGAAUGCCAUUUCAUACUACGAUUCCAAAGCGGAUUCAGAAUAUACAGAGGAUGACGAAGACUUAAGUGUGCUGGAGAGCUUGUCCUCGUCCUCGCUGGAGCUGGAGUUUGUCGAUGAUCCCAAUUUUAAAAACAAGGUCAACUACUCCUCCAGUGCUGUCCAGAUUCCCACAGACAUCUACAAAGGCUCUCCUGUCAUCCUAAACGAACUAAACUGGACCCAAGCUUUGGAGAGGGUCUUUAUCGAGAACCGGCGUGAGGACAGCUCUCUGCGCUGGCAGGUGUUUGGCAGUGCCACAGGAGUGACGCGAUAUUACCCAGCGACUCCAUGGAGGCCGCCCAAUAAGAUUGACCUUUAUGAUGUCCGCAGAAGACCAUGGUACAUCCAAGGUGCAUCUUCUCCGAAGGAUAUGGUCAUCAUUGUGGAUGUGAGUGGAAGUGUGAGCGGACUCACUCUGAAACUCAUGAAAACUUCUGUGGCUGAGAUGCUCGAAACUCUGUCGGACGAUGACUACGUCAACGUGGCAAAGUUCAACGAAAAAGCAGAGGCCGUUGUCCCAUGCUUCAGGACGUUGGUCCAAGCCAACGUUCGCAACAAGAAGAUUUUCAAGAAAGCCGUCAUGCACAUGCAAGCCAAAGGAACCACGGAUUACAAGUCCGGCUUCACGUUUGCAUUUGAGCAGCUUCUCAAUGAGACCAGUGCACCGAGGGCCAACUGCAAUAAGAUGAUAAUGAUGUUUACAGAUGGCGGGGAAGAUCGUGCACAGGAAAUCUUUGAGAAGUACAACUGGCCCAACAAAACAGUCCGAGUUUUCACCUUCUCUGUCGGCCAGCACAACUACGAUGUCACCCCCUUGCAGUGGAUUGCAUGUGCUAAUAAAGGUUACUACUUUGAAAUCCCAUCGAUUGGGGCGAUCCGAAUCAACACUCAGGAGUACCUGGAUGUUCUGGGGCGUCCCAUGGUGCUGGCCGGGCCUAGAGCGAAGCAAGUGCAAUGGACGAAUGUCUAUCAGGAUGCAUUGGGUUUGGGUCUCGUCAUCACUGGAACGAUGCCGGUUUUCAACCUCACGGCAGACAGUGCAAGCUCUCAGAACCAGCUCAUCCUGGGAGUUAUGGGUGUCGACGUUGCAAUCAACGAGAUCAAAAAGAAGACGCCGACGUACAGACUUGGAGCUAAUGGCUACACAUUUGCCACUGACCCAAACGGUUACGUGCUGCUGCAUCCCAACCUCAGACCAAAGAUCAUUAACUUCAGGGAGCCCGUGACUCUGGACUUUUUGGAUGCAGAACUGGAGGACAGCAACAAGGAGACGAUCCGUCGACAGAUGAUUGAUGGCAAACCGGGGCAAAUCAAAAUCAAGACGCUCAUUAAGUCAGUUGAUGAGAGAUACAUCGACGAAUCCAUUCGAACGUACACGUGGACACCUGUGGAGGGGACAGACUACAGUCUAGGGUUGGUACUGCCCACUUAUAGUGAGAACCAUAUCAAGGCCAACCUAAGUGACCAGAUCCUUCAGGUGCAGUUGCCAUACACCAAGGAUUUUGAGUCACUGCUGCCAAACAGUUUUGAGUCUGAAGGACAUGUGUUCAUUGCUCCCAGGGAGUACUGCAACGAUCUUGAACUGUCCAACAACAACACAGAGUUCCUGCUCAACUUCAUCGCUCUCAUGGAGAAGGUCACGCCAGACUCCAAACAAUGUGACAAUUUGCUCCUUCACAACCUGAUCCUGGACACCGGCAUCAUCAGGCAGCUGGUGGAGAAAGUGUGGAAGAACAAAGAUUUGAAUACAUACGGAUUUCUGGCCGUGUUUGCGGCGACAGAUGGAGGCAUCACGCGCGUCUUCCCAAACAAGGCUGCAGAAACCUGGGAGGAAGACCCUGAGCCGUUUAAUGCCAGCUAUUACCGCCGCAGCCUUGACAACAAGGGCUACAUCUUCACUGCGCCGUAUCGAUCAGGCGGCGGGGAGCUGCUGAACCCAGAAAACGACACUAUUGGUGUUCUGGUCAGCACAGCUCUGGAUAUUACGAUAGGAGGGAAGACCAUCAAACCUGCAGUUGUUGGGGUGAAAUUAGACCUUGAAGCCUGGACUGAUAAGUUCAAGAUCCUUGCCAGCAAUCACACAGACAACCGUCAAGGCUCAAAUAUGUGUGGACCAAACAGGGUCUGUGAGAUGGACUGUGAGGCCAACAGUGAAGACCUCUUGUGCUAUUUAGUAGAUGAUGGUGGAUUCCUGAUCAUGUCCAAUCAGAAGGAACACUGGAACGAGGUGGGAAAGUUCUUUGGUGUCGUCGACCCCAACUUGAUGUACGCUCUUUACAACAACUCCUUCUAUAAACGCAAGCAGUCGUUUGAUUAUCAGUCAGUGUGCGAACAGAUGCAGAACAGCGAAGCUGGAGCUGCACCUAGAGGAGUGUUUGUGCCCACAAUAGCAGAUUUUGUGAACCUGGCCUGGUGGACUUCAGCUGCUGCAUGGUCCUUGUUCCAGCAGCUUUUGUAUGGUUUGGCUUAUCACAGCUGGUUUGCCACAGAUGAGGUGGACGCAGAGGGUGCUGAGCCAAAAGAGAGGAGUUGUGUUAUGAUCCAAACCCAGUACUACUUCAGCAAUCUCAGCAGCUCCUACAACAUUCUUCAAGACUGUGGCAACUGCUCCAGGCUGUUUCAUGCCAAGAGGAUAAACAACACCAACCUGCUGUUUGUGGUAGCAGAAAAGCUGCCAUGCACCUCCUGUGAGAUAGAGAUGCUUUCCCAGGAUGAAGAAGAGUUCAUGGAAGAAAAUCCAUGUGAAGAACUAGCGAUGGCACGCUAUCGAAAAGGACCCUCCACCUGUUUUGACAAUAACAACACUGAGAUCACAUCAGACUGUGGGAGAGGUCACUCCUUUCGUCCACCUCUCUAUGCUUUACUGUUCAUUCAGCUGCUUCUGCUUUAUCCGCCUGUCAGUGCCCACAUUCACUCACAAUUACAUUAACUCCGCUAGUCCAUGGUUUAUCCUGCUUUUAGCCCUCCUUAGGUUAUGUCCCACCCUGAAACCCCCUCCCCUUGUACUCCCCACACCCUUCCUGCUCCUAACCCCUCUCUUUUGUUCAGUCAUAAGUAAUAGUGGGACUUCCCACAGCAAGUGGAAGCCCUGAGUGCCGUACUACCCGGCUCGCUUCAGUGUGUGCCGUUUUUGUGACCACCACUGGACGUUCAUGUCUUCAGUUACAUCUGCAGGCAGAGCAGGUGGUGCCAGACCCCCCUUUCACCCCUGGAUCAUCAGAGGCAACUCUGAAAAAGAGGAAACAAGCCCACCUUUCACCAUCCAGACCAGGAGGGAGAGGGUUAAGGGACAGGUUCUCAUUUGCAGACCUCUCACUUUGCAUAAACUGGAGAUCUGAGGUUCCCUGUCUGCCUCUGUGUCCUCAUACAGCGGGACUUCUUCUCCUCUCCGUCCAUCAUCAGAGUCUCACCAUUUGCCUCUUGUAAGGUUUUGGAUCAUUCAGCCAGUUGCAGCACCAUAGAAGAAAACACCAGAAAAAAAACUGUCGAGUAUUACCUGCUGAAGUGAUGAGUAUUCCAAACAUUCAGUAUCUUUAGGUUUUAAUAUGAAAAGCAAGUUAAGUGUUAACCUAAAAACAGGAGAAUUUGUGUGUUAUAUCUACUUGCCAAAAUGAGAUAUACCUUCAUGUGGUGUGAGUUUUAUAGCCAAAACACAAAAAGGAAGUGGAUUUAGAUUUAGGAUAAACCAUGAGAGGAAGAGGAGACUCAGCAGCUGAAUCCUGACUCAUUUUCUGCAGCUCUUAAUCACAGAUUAGCACUUUAAAUAAAAUAAUAAAAGGUCCACUGGGGAUUAUUGUAAUUACACAAUGGUAAUCACAUGUUUCUUGAAGUGUUUUCCCUUCAUAUGUACUAUUAGACGCUGGUGUUUUCUGCCGGCUGUAAAAUCUGAAUCAGCGUUCGGUUGCUGCGGGGACAUUGUUGAUGUCAUGUAGUUUUCACUUUUACGAUCGACCAUUCUGACCUCAAAGUUUAGACUGAUGUUUAAAAAAAGCAAUCCCUCUGAUGACAGCCUCACCUCUGCCAAUCCUCUCAAGGCUUCUUCACCAAGGCUUAUGAUCUCAUAUUGUCGUGUCUGUGCUUUUAUUUGUGUCACUCAAAGCCUCACUGCAGUUCCAGGGGAGGUUUUUGCUUUAUUUGGGGCAGGCCAAUCGUUUUUUCCUGUUUUGCUUCUUUUUUUUUUUCUUUUUUUGUUAUUUUGACUGAUGCUGUUUAAAUUUCGAAAUCAUCUGCUGCUGGGGGAUUGGGGCUUAUCAGCAUUUUCAGCUAUAAAACAGAAAGAGGCCACUCAAUAUGGUGAUCACAUUCAGUAAAUGUCUUGUUGUAAUCAGUCACAGUCUAUCUUUUAUCCUUUGCGAUAUGUGAAAAGGGUUUUUUUAGACUCCCGUUUUUAGGAGCCACUCUGUUUCAUUGUGCCUUGACGCACUUUGUUUUCGAAUGCAUUGGCUGUAUAAGAGUAGAGCUACUGUAUAGUAUCUUUAGAAAAUCAGUCAUGUUUGAGGAUUUGGAUGCUGCACAUCGACAUAUAAACUAACAAAAGAACUAAAAUUGCCCCCCAGUGGCUGGCUGCAGAAUAAGUUUUAAGUCCCGCCCCCACAUGUAAACUAAAUUACUUUUUCCUAAGAAGAAAACAACUACUUUUUCCAUUUUUUAACCUGCACCGCUUCAUCAUUUUUACCUUAUUAUUAAAUCCCAAUUUUAAGAUCUUAUUUGUAAUUAGUCAGUUAAUGCUUAAAUUCAGCGACUGCCAUGUCUGCUAAGGAAAAAAGGAUUUAAUAAACACUAUAGUACUACUUUGAGGCUUUAACUUCCCAAAUAUGUACUGAAGUUGAUCAAUUUUGAAGAACAUCACCACCUAGUGGACUGAUGUGUCAUGUGCAAAAAUAAUUAUUCCACGGUGAAAAUGUGUUGUCACACUUUGUUCACUAUUAUGACGCUUUAUUUAGCAAUUUAUGUCGUUUGUCCUAUGCUAAAAUUACAGUAGACUAUUGUGUUUAUUAUUUCAUAGUAUGUAGCAUGUAGUAGCCAACUAGCAUCCUUUGAGGUGGGUUAACCAAUGGGUGUGUCCAAAUCCAGGAGCUGCAUGAUUCAAAGUACGCAGUUUAAGGCCAGCUACGUCACAAAAACACAACAAGGCUGUCUGAAUUCGAAAGAGACUCAAACCUCUUUUAAGCUCUUUUUACGAGACGCAUAGUGCCAGCAAAUCAGCGUAAUAUUACCACAACGGUGUGUCUUAUCAACCAUGUCGGCAUGGUGUUCCGUGAAUUUUGAGGCAUUCGAUCUACCUCCUUUAGUAGUAUUGUGGUAAUUGUCUGGCUUAUAAACGGCGAUUUACUUUCAAUAUACUUUCCGGCUGAAGCUCGGCAGUAACUCCCCACAUGAUCAUGACAUCUCCCUCUGUUGUGCCAAGGCGAAAUAUGCAUUCACCAGCCCGGUGUUGCUGCAAUAUUACUACCAAGCAUGGUGGCACGAAUGCCGCAAAAUUCCUGCAAUGCAUUUGACAAGAUGAUUAAAGGACAAAUGAUUCAAACAUUUGAUUUAAACAUUUUGUUUAUUCAACACAUUUGAUUAUUUCAACUUAUGAGUGGUAAAGUCAUGUAGGAACUUUGAGGUACGUGCGCUUUAUUUAGAGUGAGGAAUGCAGGAGUCUCGCAUGAGGCCUUGAGCAAAGAUGUUAUGGCUUCUUUGGUCAGUUGCACGUCGUACACUUGUUUUUCUUUCUUGGAGGCCAGACAGACGGUGUUUUUGUGUCUGCUAAUUAAAAGCUACUUUCUGGUCAAUGUGUAGGUGAAAAUUUGACCACUGGUACGUAAUACCAGACAUGUUACUUUAUAUGUCGAUGAUGCUAUAGUAGAGUGAAAGGGCUCCAUGCAGAGCUACCAUAUCAACUGCCUCAGUUUAAUGUAUGUCCCUAUGGCAUCCAAACAGGCCCUCCUAUAUAGAGUUCCUAUACCGUUCCUUUACAAAACCAUGUAUAGAGCUAUGAUACACCAUCAGUAUACAGCAACUUAACCGGUCGUGGAGUGUUUUUUAGGGCCACCUGACUGCUAUUGUUCUGCCUGGUUUGUGAGUAAAUUGCGUGUGGAUGUGUGUGAUUAAAAACCCUCAGAGGGAACGUGUGCUUGGCUGUUUUUUAAUUUUCAUGUUUUCUGUGUCACAACAGACAAAAAUCAGUGUUUGUGGUUGAGUAAGAAGGGAUGAGAGUUAAAGAAAAAGGUCCGUUUAUUUUUGAAUCUGCUUAAAUGUUGUUGUAAGAGGAGGAAAGGUGGAAGAAUGUGUCAGUGUUUUUCUGUUUUAACAGCUCUCAAAGCCUCUUUAAAUGCCUUAGUGUUCUUGGACGCAGAGCUCUGAUACUUUCCCACACGUGUAUGCCCUUUGUCACUCAAAAAUUCUCCCUCUGCUGACUUUUUCUUGGUGUUAUGCAGUAAAACAAAACAAAAAACAGUGCACUCUGAUUUUUUUUUACCCCAUUCUGAGGGCAGUCCAUGAUUGAUGCCUGUUUGAUUAAAUGCUUGAGAGCAGGUGGGAAUUUUCCAAUUUUUAAAAGCCUCUGACCUUUGGUGUUCACUUAAAGCUCACUGUACAGCUCAGGUGGGAAUGGCUCGCAAACAGCUUCAACCUUAAACCACACUCUGUACAGUCAAUGUGACUAAUCGUGCUGGCACAGUAACUGCAACUCAGGUCUUGUUGAAACCUGAGAAAACAAAAAAAAUGAAGUAAAAGACUGUUACGAUGUUUUUAUUUUAUUUUUUUCUAAUUUGGCUCUUUUGAUGCAGUUGUGCUUUUCUGGCAUCUGUUUGUUUCUGUCCCGUGCCAUUACUGUUAUCAUUUUCAGACUGUACUUACCCUUUUCCACUGUCUGUAAAUGAACGCUACACGUGCCUGUGGAAAUGUAACUCCCUGCAACUUCCUCUCUUUUCCGGGAUCUGUACGGUCAAGCACUAAAAUAUGUAACGCUACACUUUGCGCACCUGCAGUAGGACUUUAUGCACACACACACACACACGUAAACAAACGUGUUACGGCACUUAUUUUACACUCAUAGGGAGAAGUGGAACACCAGACCGGAACGUCGCUUCACUGGUGGUUUCUGAGAUUUUAGAGGUAAGCUCAGGGAGUGGGUCUCCACAGAGCAGCACCGUACAGCGACGGCUGAUUUCUCUGGUUUGACAGAUUUACUUUUGCCAAAAACAACAGAAAGGAGAAAAAAAAUGGUAAAAUAUGUAAAAUUGGACCAGCUUGGGAAUGAGAGGGAGGAGUCACUUAGAAAUAAGUGAAGAGGACUUCCUCCUGACCCUCGCUUAAUCUGUGUCUCUGUGGGAAAGACGUGCGUAUGUGAUUCUGUAGUCUGUAGUCUGGUGCUAUGUGACCAUGUGUGUGGAAAAAAAACCUGCAACGUUUAGAGAAAAAAAGCAUAAAACCAGUUGAACUCAAAAUGACGUUUCAAAAAAUAUAUAGGAUUACAGCACUGUUGAUAAGUAUGAGAUCUGAAUCUGAUGUCGAAGUGUUUUUUGUUUUAUUUUUAUUUUUUUGCUUUACUUCUCGUGCGUGCGUGGGUGUGAAUGUCCAUCUGCGUGGAGGAUUUAGCUCCUUCUUUUUUUUUUUUUUUUGGGCGCUGGUCCAUGUCGCUCCAUUCUUUUGUACAGAUGAAGCUUAAAAGAAAAAAAAAGAAGAGGGCAAAAUUUGUAAAAUAUUGUGUCUGUGACUCCUUGUAAAAUAUUUUCAAAUUGUUUAUUACAGAGAAUCAGUUAUUAAAUAAUGUUCAUAUUUUUCACUUCA